CCUUGUGAACCAACAGUCUCUCCACAGCGCUGCGCGUCAGUAUGUUAUUUUUUUCGCUGACAACAGAAAUGUUCUGAAUUUAGGAUACCUGGCCUCUUCAGAGAAGAACAGCAUUUGCGUAUUAAUUCAUUUCAAAAUGAGAUGUUAAUACAACAACCCGAUUAUUGAUAGCACAUUUGUUGCUGCAGCUGUAUGCGUCGGGAGACAACGUGCCAGAGGGGACUGCAUCUCAUCGCAGCUUUUAUAGAUAGACCAAGGGGGACUGAUGACAAUAACAAUUCCGGACAGUAUUUAAUUGUGACCGUGCGCUCUUCUCCAAUCCAUACAGGUUAUUUACCUUGAGAAAUGCGUGUUUGCAGAACGCAAUAGCAGAAGAUGGAACAACAAUGACUUUUUUAAUAGCUAUCUCAGAAAGCUAUAGCCUAUAGCCCAUCUGUAUGCUUAGCAUAAAGCAGGUACCUCUUAUUGGACUUCUCAUUCACCAGUGCGUAAAAUGGGUAACAGUUUUUCUAACAUAGCUGCUUUUCAGUCCCUGCAUAUUGUCAUGCUGGGUUUAGAUUCUGCCGGUAAAACGACUGUCCUGUACCGCCUGAAAUUCAACGAAUUUGUGAACACCGUUCCCACAAUCGGAUUUAACACCGAGAGGAUAAAACUGAGUAACAGUACCGCCAAAGGGAUCAGUUGUCAUUUUUGGGACGUCGGGGGACAGGAGAAGCUAAGACCGUUAUGGAAAUCCUACAGUCGGUGCACGGAUGGCAUUAUUUACAUAGUGGACUCAGUGGACGUGGACAGACUAGAGGAAGCCAAAACAGAACUGCAUAAAGUUACCAAAUUCGCAGAAAACCAAGGGACUCCAUUACUUGUGAUAGCCAAUAAGCAGGACUUGCCCAAGUCUCUACCUGUCCAUGAGAUUGAGAAGCAACUGGCACUGCAUGAGCUCAGCCCCUCUACCACUUACCAUGUCCAGCCUGCAUGUGCCAUCAUAGGUGAAGGGCUCCAUGAAGGGAUGGAUAAACUGUAUGAAAUGAUUGUGAAACGAAGGAAAUCAUUGAAACAAAAGAAAAAGAGAUAAAUACACAUUACUGUAAAGUUGACCCCUAUCUUCUGAGCUGCCUGCUACUGUACCAUGCCCUUUGCUGUAGUAGGCAUGUCAGGUGAUUCUUAUAAUAAUAAAUAAUAUGCCAUUUAGCAGAAGCUUUUAUCCAAAGCGACUUACAGUCAUGCG